UUGUCUUGGGUGCUAUUGACUCGCCACAAUUUGUGCAAUCAUUUAAACUAUUAGAGUAGCAAAAAAAAAUACAUGGUAAGAGGUGCACAAAACAAGUACAUGGUAAGAGCUUUUAGAGUAGCCAAAAAUACAAUCAUUUAAGAGUUAAAAGGCUAUCAUUUAAGAGUUUAAAGACUAUAUUGUUUAUACAGAAAUUUUUAAAGAUUUAUGGUUGUAGACCAUCAUUGAAGUGUACAUGAUACCAAGAACCUUUCUAGGUAUGAAAACAGUGCAUUUAGAGCUAAACUACAAGUCCAACAACACUUCAUCUAUUCUACAUUCAGUUGUAUUCAUUUUUUUCCCUAAAACAUUAAUUAUAUAUAAUAAGUGAAAAGUCUUACACACUAAUCAUAAAACACCAAACUGAAAAGGGAAAUCAAAACUAGCUAAUAGAAAAAUUAGUCUUCAUAGCAAACACCAAUAAUGGCUUCUUCGACGUCUUCAUUUCCAACGCCAUUCUUCAACGCCAUGAUGCAACAGUUCAUGGCAAUAGCUUAAGCCAAUGAUAACAACUUUUUUUCCUUGAAGAUCGAAUUUCACCGUGCACCUUUUGAUCACUUCAGAAAGAUCCUUCACUGUUUUUACUUUGAUUCAAUUAACCAUAACAAUCAAUAGUUGGGGGAAAUGAGGUGUACCAAUGUUUAUUUCAUGUUACAAUACCUUUGAGAUUUUAACGCCACAAGAUUGAUCUGUGAAUACAAAUCCCGCAAAGAUGAAAUAGUUUGGUACAACUUUAUCACCACACUCCAGAUAAACAAUAGGUUUGACACGAAUCUAGAGAGUGUGGACUUUUCUAUCCGUCAAAAUUUGGAAAACGAUUGCCUUUGGUUCUCUAAGUGAGAUGUAUCCGUCCAAAUUGAUUCCAUAUACUCCUUUUCGCCAUCGUUUCCAAACAAAGAAUAUGUACCAAUUUUUUUUACAGUAUAAUAAAACCCAUGAUUUAGAAUUAUUGAAAUUUAAAAGCACCAUCAAUGUUGAGAUAUAUACUAUCAAUAAUAUCAAUUUUAACAAAAUAUUAGUACUUUAUAAUAUUUUAUCAUCUAAAUAAAUAAAAAAUAACAUUUUUGCUAUUUCACGAACUCUUUCUUUAUUUUCUAAUUCUUUUUGUUUUUAUAUUGUAUAGAUACUUUUCCAUUUGAGUAAUUCAUAAUUCUACUAUAUCUGAUUUCUUGGUCUUCAAACGGCUACAAAGAAAAUGUUCUUGCAGUGACUUGUGGAAGAGCUUUGCUCUAAAAGAUUCUGUAGCGAGAUCAAAACUGCACAAUAAUUACUCCAUGUGUUGCAACAAACAAAUAUAAACUACUUUCCACCGGGACCACUCCAGAGUUGCAACUAUAUGUAAUCCAAUAAUCUCUUAUUACAAUAGAUUUCUAAUAAUGUGAUUCCAAAUCAUAAAAUUCAUCAUGGUUCAUAAUCAUCACAUUCCUUAUAUUGUUGGUCAUGAGUAAACCUCAAAACUUUGUAGGCUUUGCUACUAUUCCUUCUUAUACUAUCUAGCAGUUUGGCUCCAAUGUCUAGUAAAUGCUCAGCCUUCACUCUCUAUCUCGGAGGUGAUCAAGUGGGUGAAAGAAGAGUUUAGCUACACAGUCUCGCAUGAUAGUAUGUGGGAAGCUAAAAAAAAGCCAUCACUUCAAUCUUGGGAGAUUUGGACCAGAGUUUUAGCGCAUUACCCAAGUUCAUGGAUAUUCUUUCCUCGUCUAAUGAAAUGGUAAUGGACUGACAAUAUUCUCUUUCUCCUGAUCGUAAAGAAGCAUCGUUUGGUUUUGUGUUUUGGGCAUUUCAAUAGUCAAUGAAAGGUUUUCCUCACUUAAGACCACUGAUCAUGGUGGAUACUGUAGAGUUGAGCAGUAAACACCCUGGAAAACUGUUGGUAGCUGCGGGAUUCGAUGCCGGAAACAAGCAUUUUUCCUUAAUAAAUUUUGAGUUUGUAUCUAUCGUAUAUGUAUAUGUAUUGUUGAUACACAAUUUAUAUACAUGUUCUGUAUGGUAAGGAUAAUUAUCACCAAGAAAAAGCUUGCCUACUGUUUUGGUGUUGUUAAGGAAAAUUUACAUUAUUUUGAUAAUUUUUCACGCUAAAAAUUAGAUUUAUAGGUAUUUAGUGCUAAUUUACUUUUGCUUCGCAAACAAUCCAUUAACCUACAUAUCAUACCUAUAUAUACUAUCAGCUGUUUCAUAGCAAUACCAUAAAAUUUCAAAGCAUCGUUUAAGCAUACGGCUAAAAGCAUUAAAAUGUCAUGUAUCAAUUCGAUGGUUGAUCUGAAACCUUUCAAAACCAUGUAAAAGAUAAAGGUCAAAAUAAUUCGAUUGUGGAAACAAUACUGCUCACAAUUUUCAACAAUGUGUUCGGUGGAAAAAAAAAACAUAAAGUCUUUAUGUCAUAAUUUGUUUAAAGUUCAGUCCGAUCGGAUUAUGAUAUAUUAAUUAUUGUUUAGGUUCACAAUUUUUAAUAAAAAAUAGAUCCGGCCGAUCGGACAUAAAUUAUAUAAUAUCAAAAAAAACAUUAUAUAUAUAUAAAUAAAAUGAUCAAAUAUAAAAAUAAAUUUGUCGAUAAUAUAUGUUUUAAAUAUUUAUUAAAUAAACUUACUUGGUGCAUGUCUUAUCUUAGUUAACAUAUAUUUACGGUCAGUUUGACAAAAAAAAAGUGGGUUUCUCUUUUUUCUGAUUAAAAUUUUAAUUACCGAAAUUGGUAAAAUCUAGCUGUCCAAAAUAAAGGAGGAGACCCAAAAAUGGAACACAUUGUGGACAUGAUAGAGUUCUCUUACAAAAGGACACGGUGGUGUGUAAUAGAAGAAAAGCUACUUACUUUGGUUUCUCUUGGCCAAAAAAAAUCACCCCUAAGACGGCGAAUAACAACAACACUCUUCUGCAAGUAAAAAAAAAAGUUACUAACAUUAAAUCGUUUCUGGUCCUUUCAUCUUCCUGUUUUCUCCUCUUGUCAACUCAAAUUUUCUAAAAGAUUUGAAAUUCAGAGUUUACAUCAUCCUUUGAGCUUUAGGGUUUUUCAAUUCAUUUGAGCUUUAGGGUUUAUGUAAUCACCUUCUUUUUUAGACAGCUUUCUCUUUUAUCUCACCUUGCUUACUCUUAUAGUGUUGUUUCCACUGCUACUUUAUGAAGUUGAGCCUUUUUAGGGUUUCUUAUUGUUAUAGUGUUCUUUGACUUAGCUGAAGGCUCAUGGAGACAAGAAAGAUUCCUGUGUUCUGUUAUUGGAACGGCAGUAUCAAAGAUGGCCCUGAUGGUCCAUUCUACCAAGAAGGAUCAAUUCCCAGAGUGAUCAGAGUUGAGAGCAAGAUAGAUUUACCCACAUUCUUGAAUGAUCUGCAUCGAGUCACUGGGUUUGACAAGGCUAAGUUUCAGAUUGAUUUGAUUGGAAGAUACCCUUCCAUUGUUCAACAAUCUCUUGUCAAGUAUAUGCGUUUGCCCAUUGUUGAUAAUUCUAGUCUUCAGACAAUGCUAGAGGUUCCAAGCUACCAUCCUUCUAUCACCAAUGUUGAGUUUUAUUUAGAGGUCAAACCACUGGUUUCUCCUCCAUUACCAACUAAUGCUAGUUCCUCGGAUAAUCAGGCCUCUCUAAAGCGUUGUCGUCAAGAGGACGCUAAUGUUGAUGCCAAUCUGAGAGAAAACAGUAACAGGUGAACUGAAGAUGAGGAGAGCACAGAAGACAGAAACUGUGGGGAUGCAGAAAAAGGUUCACAUAAGAAAAAGCAGUUGAUUUUGUCUAGUUCAUGGGUUGAUGAAAGCGAGUUACAAAUUGGGAUGUGUUUCAGAGAUAAAGAGGAGCUGGACAAGGCAGUGAAGCUCUACUCUGUUAGAAGGCAACGAGAGCACCAUGCAUACGAAUCUUCAGCUACUUUUGAGUGCAAGAGUGGCGGCUGCGGAUGGAUUCUCAAGGCAGCUGAAACGAAAGGAAGUGGCUUCAAGAUAACUAAAAACGAAAGGAAGUGGCCAUCUCUGGGAUACUGAUCAAAAAGAUCCAGGGAGACGGCAUAACCAAUACACAGAUCAAGAAGUUCUGGAGGCAGUCCCACAUCAUUGAAGAGGAGCAUCUCUUUGCUGCUGUUAAGGUUGCAGCUCAUGUUAGAGCCCAUAAUCUCUCUUUAUAUCCUUUUGGUUUUGACUGUUCUUGUUAGGGAUUUUAGAUCAUUGAAGAGGAAUAUCAAUAUUUUUGAAGGGAAUUUUUAUAAUCUCAUGCUUUUCACUUUGAGAGAGACUCUUUAGUCAAACUGAUUAUGAAGCCCGAUAACAAUAUCUAUUGGUUUGGAGAUUCAGAUUUUUAUGUACAGUUACAUUUCAACUUUUAAGUUCCUAUUCUGAUACUUUGUUACUGAUUAAUAUAUUCCUUGAAAGUCUAUUAGAACAUUGUGAAGUAUGCAGAAGCACUGAUUUCUCGAUUCAUAACAAAAAUUUUUGAUAGAGAACUAAAUUUCGGUAGCUCUGAACUAAGCAACCAAAAUAUUUUCAAGUAAGUGUGUUUUAGGUAGUAAUGGUAAGUUUAUAUAUUAUUUCAAUUCCUUUGCAUUUUUGACAAAAACCACUCAAAAAUCAUUAGCUACAGUCGCCGGCGGGAAGUAUAUAUUGACGCUACGUUUACAGUUCUAGGUUUUGUUUGUUAAAUUUUAGACGCUCGCCGUGAGAGCAAGAUUAUCGCACGUCCUUGGGCUGGUCCUUAGGCUUUUUGGACUUAAAAGAAAAUGAAAAAUAUGGGAGAAAAUGAAGGACGGGCCUUAAUACGGGACUUCUCAUUUUGGUCCUUUACGUGCCAGCUGGCAUUUUUUGAGCACGGGUCGAAGUCGUCUAGGGUUUGUCUCGACAUUCGGUAUCCAUUUCAGCCUCUUCCUCUCCCGAUUUAGGCUCGAAGGCGACGAAGAAGAUUCGUCCGACGAUUCCUCGCCGCAAACGAGAUCUUGUCGGUUAGUUCGCAAGACGAUACCGGUCUGUUGUCUCCACGGUCGACAUCCUUCGAUUCUCCUCCGUUUUCGAACCAAAAGGUAUGCGUUCCUCUUCCAUUCGAGAUCCGUAGGAUGUCAAUUGAGAUGAUAUGAUUGGUAAUCCGUUUGAUUAUGGUUUACUAUUGUUAAUCUUGUGUGUGGAUUCGGUUGUCUCAGUCCAUAGGUAGGAGAGUGUUAUGGUUGAUUUUUGUUGUUAAUCUUUGAUUAUUAGUUCAUCUGCCAUUCGAAAUCGGCUCAAAUUUGUUAUGUUUUUAGUUGCGAAUUUUGUUCUCAUGUACUGAAUUAAGUAGCUUUAAUAUUUGCCUAGUCUCCGAAGUUGUGAUUGUUUAGAAAAAUGAGUGACGAAACUUGGUAGCGUGUUCAUGUUUUGUUGGUAAUGUUGUUGUUGUGUAUUAAUGCUUUGAUGGUGUAUGCGAUGGACAAACAUGAGUUGAUAGGUUGUAGUUCGAUUUUGUAGUAAGUAUAUCGCUUUUUAGUUAUGUUUUGCGGUCUAUUAUUUCUUGUUACAGUUGCUUCUGAUCACACAUUGUAGUUUAGAACGAAAAUUGAUUGUAUUGUAAAUGAGAGUGUGAUAGCUUUGUAGUUCAAGUACGGUAUUAAGUUCUGAUUGAUCGUCUUUCCUCUGAUAUUGUUUACAUUUGGUUCUUGUUCGCAGAUGGCGAAUCCGCAUGAACCUCAUUUCUUCAAGCCUCUGGUUCCCGGUUUCCACAGUGGCAUCGUAAACACACUCUCUCUAUUUCUCCUCUGUAUAUGCUCCGAUUUUGUAGUUUCGCUUAACUUUGCCUUUUCUGACUUGCAGACAAUACCACUUGGCUUCUUCUCACAGCACAUAGAAGGGAAGACGAACCAGAAAACAUGGAAACUAAGAUCGGACGCUUCAGAUCAAACUUGGGAAGUGAUACAAGAAGGCAGGAGACUCACCGGAGGUUGGAAAGAUUUCACCACAGCACAUGAUCUUCGAAUCGGUGACAUUGUCAUCUUCAAACACGAAGGAGACAUGGUGUUUCAUGUCACUCCUUUUGGUCCUAGCUGUUGUGAGAUUCAGUAUACACAUCCUCACAUCAUCAAGGAAGAAGCCGACGCGGAUGAUGUUGCGGAUGAUGGUGCGGUUGAUGCUGAUGACAAUGAGAAUCACCACAAGAUUAGUAAGUUUCAAUAAAAGUUAACCGUAAUAGCGUAGCAAACUUGUGAGAUGUUUUUGACGUGGAAAAUUGUUUCUUACAUUUCAGGCGGAUCAGGGGCAAUGUCUUCUUCCUCAUUCGACUAUUGUUUUAUGGCUGAGGUCACUGCUUCAAACCUAAAAGCCGACAAACUUGUGAGUCAAUUUUCAUACGUAUAUAUGGUUUGAUCUGUUAGUCAAAUAUCGAAAUGAAGUGAUCUGUGUCUUUACGUUUUGUCUUUGCAGUCUCUUCCUGUGGCAGCUACGACUUGUACUGCUUUGAACAAACAAUGCCAAGAGACGAUACUAGUGAACAAAGAGGGAAAUUCAUGGACUGUGAGUUUGCGAUUUAGCGAAUCAGGCGGCAUGUAUUACAUCACAAGAGGAUGGAGAAAGUUAUGUCUUGAUAACAGAUGCGAGAUAGGAGACAUAUUUGUGUUCAAUGUGGUUGGAGAUGGAAAAACUACUCUAUUGAUGUGUGUAUGUCCGGAAAGAAAAAAGUGUUCUGAACUACUCAGCAAACACUUGAGCAGAAAGAGUGGGAGACGUCUUUAACUUUCUUGUUCUUUCUUCUGCUUUAGCUAUGUAUAUCGGAAAGGUUGUUUCUUUUUGCCUCAAAACUUGUUUCCUCUUUUUCAAAACUUGUUAUCUUUUGCAAACUCUGACACGGUUAUGUAAUAUUUUGUUAAACUCCAAGAAGCCUUUUUUAGUUUUGGGUUGCUUCAUUCAUAAACUUGUUUCCUCUUGUUCAAUUAACUUGUAUAAUUUGAUAUAGAAACUUGAAAACAGAUUAGAAACUUGUGUAGAAAUUGGAUUAAAAGAUUUGAAAUGUAAUAGAAACUUGGAUUAAAAGAUUAGAAAUGUAAUAGAAACUUGAAAAAAAUUAGAAAAAAAAUGAUUAUCAAACGUUUAGUUGUACGAAUUCAAUAAAAUGUUUGUUUGUUUUAUUUUACAUCUUUGUUUUUUUAUUUCCAACUUUGUAAUUUUUCAUGUUUUCAAUUUAAUGUUAUAUGUUAUAUUUUAAAAUUUUUUCUUUUUUGUCAUUAAUUAUUUAAAUAAAUAAUAAGUUUAUUAAGAAACAUCAACAAGUCCUACCAAUAAUCUAAUUUUUUGGGAUUGUCCUUAGCUUUGGUCCUUAACCUCAAAAUAACAAUUAAUUAAUCUAAGGACCCAACAAUUGGUCCUAACAAUAAUGAUGCUCUGACGCUGCGUCCCGCAAAAGAACAGGACUAUUUUUAUCUUCAAGCUGUUUCAUGACAUAUUUAGCAAACUUAUCUCCUUUAUCAGACAUUCGAUCUCCCCUGCCAAAAAAUCGGAGCCCACAUUUGCUGGCUUACAAGUAUGUACACCUCUGUAUUCAGUUAUUUCGAAGCCAUUUCCAUUCGUUUUAGCUGCCUUGAGAUCCCAUCCGCAGAUCUUUGUGCACCUGAAAUGAAUUUUACUGGAAUAAUCAUACACAUCGUAGUCUCGUUGUCUUCUCUCAGAGUAGAGCUUCACUGCUUUCUUCAGCUCCUCUUGAUCUCUAAAAAGCAUCCCAACAUACAACUCGCGUUCAGUAAGCCAUGAACUAGACAAAAUAUAUUGCUUUGAGACACUAUUGCUGAGCUCUUUCGUUAGAUCUGGCUUUUUCUUCUUUGAAUCUUUCUGUGCAGCCUCGUUAUUACCGCAGUUUACGUCAUCCGUACUAUUCUCCUCUUCAAGCCACCCGUUAUUGUUAUUCUCACGAGGGUUUCUCACAUUGGCACUUUCAUCUGCAUCAUUUUGCCGAGAACGCUUACGAGUCUGAUGAUUUGCUCAUGGGCCAUGAGAAACCGGUUUGACCUCUAAGUACAACUCCACACUGUUGAUAGAAGAAUGAUAGCUUGGAACCUCAAGCAUGGUCUCAAGACUAGAAUCAUCCACGAUGGGCAAACGCAUAGACUUCACCAUUGGUUGUUGAACUACGGAAGGGUAUCUACCAAUCACAUCCAUCUGGAACUUUCCUUUUUCAAACUCAGUGACUCGAUGCAGAUCACUCAACAAUGUGGGUAAAUCAGUUCUGCUCUCAACCCGGAUCACUCUUGGAGUUGAUCCUUCAUAGAAUGGACCAUCUUUUAUACAGCCGUUCCAGUAACAGAACACAGAAAUCUUUCUUGUCUCCAUGAAACCUUGAGAAAGUUCAAAAAGACAAGGAUUUGAGUUGAAUGACAAAAAAGAAAAGAAAAACAUGUUCGUGAUUUUCAAGAAAUGCAUCAGACAAUAAUACGACAUGGGGAAACAUCACUAAAGGAGAAACCUUUUUAAAGAAAUUAAGGUGAUUAGAUAAACCCUAAUUUUCUACCCAAAAACAAAAAAGAUUAUAGCGAACGAGACAUCUUGAAAACUUUACUUUUACAUGGUCAAGGAGAUAAUAAUAAUAUUAAGUCAGAAAAGAAAGGCUUUCUCAAAGAGAAAAACCUCAGUUACCCACCCAGAAAAGCAGAUCUUCCAGCGUUGCCUUCAGUCAUUUCGUCGAAAGUAAAGACUUUUUUUUGUUCUUCAGUAAUAUUUCUCUUUUUUUUUUUUACCUUCUUGACGACUGACGACAUUCCUACUGUAAACAAGUAAAUGAAUAUCUUCUUCAAAAAAUAUUUAAAAAACAAAUAAAUAAACAGAAUUUCCAGAACUAGUCAUUUCAUUGUUUGUAAAAAACAAAUAUUGUGUACCUCUCUCUAAUGGCAUCUCGGUUGUCAUCAUUUUUUUUUUUCAAAAUGAGUUUAAGUUUUGUUUUAAUGGUUGCAUUUAUUUUUAUAUUUUAAAUAUAUUUUAUUAUUAAUAACUAUUAUUAACUCUAAUAAUAUUAUGCAUUUUUAAAACUUACGAAUUUUUGCCCAAGUAUAAUUUUUAUUUUAACUAAUUAUUUGUUAUAUAUAUAAAUUUAGUUUCUAAAAGAAUAGACAAUGAUUUAUAUGAGCUUAUAAUUGUAUUAAUAAAGCUAUUAUUAAUUUUAAUAAAAUAUAAAACACAGAUAUUUAAUAUUUUAGAUAUAAAAUAAAAUUAUAUAAAAUUUAAACACCAAUUUGUAAAUAAAAAUUUCAAUAGUAAAAAUGUAGUUCUGAAUAACAUCCUCAAAUUUGAAUGGAUACUAGUUUUUAUGGCAACGUGGAAAAUAAAACUCCAAGCAAGAUGAAACACUUCUUAUGGCAGUAUCCCUUAAGAUGUGUGGCCACUAUAGAUAUGCUCACCAAUAGACACCUGGACACCGAUAUGAGUUAUCCUGGAUAUGGUGGCCAGUGGAGUCGACUAACCAUAAUUUUUUUAAUGCUUCUCAUCCUUGCAGAUUUAGAUUUUAUGUGGGACUAUUCCUCCCUUCCAAACUACUUUCUGAGCAGUACCGGUCAGAGGAAACUUUGGGUUGGACGCAAAUUAUAAUUAUGGGCCUAUUGAUUUUUUUUUUUAAAAUACAGUUAAACAAAUUACUACCACAACUGCUCGAACCUCUCACCUUACAAUAGCAAAAUUAACAUUUUACCAACUAUGCUAGUGAAGCUUUUAUGCAAGUUGCGGCCAAAAAUUUAGAUAUUUUAAAACUGGCCGGAAGCACGUGCUUGUGCCGCUUCUAUCCAGGGCCGGCACUGUUUCUGAGUACAUAUGAAUACAAAAAUAUGAACUCUUUGUUUUGAAACAGAAAAGAGACGGCUCCGCAGAAGCCACAAUUCGACAUCAUGGAUGGAUGUAGGAAGCUAAUUAGUCGGGGCACAAUGAUGUUUUCCAUUAUGAUUAAUUUUGGAACAUGAGACAUUCAAUAACCAUUAGUGAAAAAAAACAAAAAAAAUCAGUUGGGGGGACAUGCCCCCGUAACCAUGGAUGUGUGUCCGUCCCUAUUCAACAUAUUCUCAUGGAUAUGUUGGUACAUCUAGAAGGCGAGGGACGACAAACUCUUUAAUGAAAAAUUCAUCUCUCCGACUAACACUCUCCAAUUAGCUUCCCUUGAGACAAAAAGUUGAGGAAAGGCUAACCAAAAGGAGGAGGAAGUUGACGAGGAUCACGACGAUGCUCAUACUACAAUUACUGAAACAGUACCCUUUUGGAUACCUCAAAUCCUAACUUGCCAAAUCGAUGCCUCAUGGAUCGGUAAUUACAAUAUUAGUGGUUUAUGGUGGAGUCUUAAGGAUCACAUUGGUAUUGAAUCAAUUAGACUAUGUGUGUGCAACAGAAGCAUCUCGGAUUUACAUGCUGAGAUGGAAUGAUAACUUUGGGCAUCCUAUGUAUGAGAGACAUGAGGAUUCCACGAUCCGCUUCGAGACGAACUGCUACCUAGUGGAUAUGGCCACGAGCCUGAUGGACUGGCCGUGAGCCUGCAUCAUAUUCCCUGAAGGGAGAAUGUUCAGACGGGCCAACAAGCAAAAGAGGGUAGGACCAUAAAUUUUUUUUUCCAUAUAGAUCAGACACUUUCAGAUAGUGUCCCUCUAAAGAUAUCUCCUCUGACCAAAUCUAACCAAAUGGGUAGAUGACAAAGAAAAAUGAUACUAUUUAUAUCCUCACCAUCUCCAAUAGUACAUCAUUUUGUGAGGAAAAAUCAAAAAAUGAGGGAAAGCAUUCUCUAAUAAUACAUCAUUUUGAAAAAAAUAUGUUUAUAAAAUCAAAUUUGAGAAAACACUAUUCACAACAUCAUUUAGUUUUGACCUUUUUUAUUUACAAAUUGAUUCUUAAAAAUUUCAUUGUUUACGGGACUUGAACUAAAAUAUUGAUUCCAUUGAACCAGACUUUCAACCGCUUUAGGCUAAAUCAAAUUAUCGUAAUAUUUAUAUGUAUUACAAAUGCUAUAUAAAUAUGAAUCUAUGAAUUUCGGGUUUAACAUCUCAUAUUUCACUCAGUAGCUCCUUCUUUAUUUAUCUUUCUUUAUCUUUAUUUCAGGUGAGACUGAAGAAAGUGAGUAAUUGGUAUCAGAUAGGUGCUUUUGGUGAUUUCUUUCAUGCACUUGUUUUAGACUUCUCGUUUUAUGACGUUAUUGAUAGUAUUUUGGUUUCUUAUAUUUAUUGAAUUUUUUUUUCAAUAGUAAUAAAGUGGAAAUUUGCGAGGAUGAGUUUAUUGUGUUGAAUAAGAAAAUAAUAGAGUUGAGAAAAUAAACUAAAUCCGAAAAUUCGAACCAAUCCUACCCGAUAUAAAUGAAUCAGAACAGAUCAAAACCCAACAUAAAUACCAAAUGGAUCUUGUUCUACGGUAUUUUUGGUUUCGCGUUUUACCUGAACAGAACCCAAAUAAAUAUCCGAAAAAAACAAAAAUAUAAAAUCCCAAAAAGAACUUUUACCAAACCCAGUCUUAGUCCCUAAUAUAUAUCCAAAUUGCAUUAAGAUAUUAUUGAAUACCUACAACAAUUGUUAAUUACAUGAGUAAUUAACUCAAAUACUUAGUAUAAUAUAUAUAUUUGGUAUUUAGUAAAUAUUAGUGUUUUUAUGUUUUGAUAAUUGCAUCUAAAGUUUAAACAAUGUUGUUUUAAGAAAAGUUUAAAUAGUGCUUCUUACGUUUGAAGAGUUGGUAGUUCUUAAUUUUAAUUUUUGUACGUUUUAUUAUGUAUGCUUCUGGUUCGUACAAGGCUUUGGUUUGUCAUGAAUCAUAAUAUAUUUGAUGGAGUUUUCCCUUAAGCUUCCGACACUGCUCUAAUUCAUGAAAGAAAGAAACACAUAGAACGAGAUUGUCACAGUGUUUGGGAUGAGGUUAAUCAGCACUCUUCGUGUUCGUACUAAAGACCAACUCGCAGAUAUUCUAACUACGGCGUUUGGGAAGCCACAAUUUGAUGUGUUAUCGCCCAAGUUGGGUGUUACAGAUCUCCACACUCUAACUUGAGAGGAGUAUUUGGAAGUCAGGAUAAUUUCCAAUUCUUAGAUAUUCAUUCCAAAUCUAUUUAAGAUACAUUCCAGAUCUAUUGAAGAUAUAUUCUAAUUCCAAAUCUACUGAAGAUAUUUUUCCAGUACUCUUGUCUGAAUAUGGUGUAAGCUGCAACAUUUGUCAAUAAGAAAGUCUGCUCAGCAUUCUGAAUACUCUAUUUACACCUCAAAAACAGGUCCUUCUUUAAUCUGAGAUUGUUGCAAGACCGAUUCUUCUUGAUCUUGAAAAUAACUGCAUCAUUUUUCUUCUUUUGACUUGAGCAAUGAUGACAACAAUCAUCCUUGACUUUCAGAAAUGCUUCAUCUUUAUCUUCCUAUGCUUCUUCUCACUACUCUGUUACACUAUCUUCUUCAGGAAACCAAAGGACUUUCCUUUGCCUCCUAGCCCUCCUUCUCUACCCAUCAUCGGUCAUCUUCACAUUCUUCUCUCUAUUCAAAUCCACAGAUCUUUACAGAAACUCUCCUCCAAGUAUGGUUCUAUUCUCUAUCUCCGCAUCUUCAGUUGCCCAAUAGUCCUUGUCUCCUCAGCAUCAGCUGCUUAUGAGAUCUUUAGGGCACAUGACGUUAACAUCUCCUCUCGGGGAUUCCCUCCGACGGAAGAUUCCCUUUUCGCUGGUUCUUUCAGCUUCAUCUCUGCUCCAAAUGGAGAUUACUGGAAGUUCAUGAGGAAGGUUCUUGUCACCAACCUUCUAGGACCUCAGGCUCUCAAGCGGUCACAAAGAAUUCGUGCUGAUGAGCUAGACAGGUUUUACAAUAACUUGUUCGAGAAGGCAGUGAAUAAAGAGACCGUGGAGAUCUUUGAGGAAGCGUUUACGCUCACUAACAACAGCAUCUGCAAGUUGAUCAUGGGGAGGUGUUGUCCAGAGGAGGAAGGUGUGAUGGAGAGUGUCAAGGGAUUAGCUACUGAGUUAGAUGACUUGUCGAAGACGAUUAUGCUGGCAAACCUAUUGCCCCCAUGGUUACAGAAGCUUGUUCUCUCACUGUUUAAAAAGGAAUUGAAGGUUAUUUUAAACAGCUUCAAUGAGCUGCUCGAAAAGAUUCUUGUGGAACACGAAGAGAAGCAGGGAGAGCAUCUUCAUGAUAAGGACUUGAUGGAUGUGUUGUUGGAAGCUUAUGGAGACGAAAAUGCAUCGUAUAAGAUCACUAGGAACCAUAUCAAGUCGUUUUGUGUGGAUCUUUUAUUUGCAGGCACUACCACCCCGGCGAUACCAAUACCGUGGAUAUUGGCAGAGAUCAUCAAAAGCCCCAAGACUCUUGAGAGACUGAGAGAGGAACUCGAUUCCGUGGUGGGGACGACAAGGUUGAUUCAAGAAACAGAUUUACCAAACCUCCCUUAUUUGGAAGCAGUGGUCAAGGAAGGGCUAAGGCUGCACCCGCCGGAGCCUAUCUUCGAGAGAUUCUCCCAAGAAGGAUGUAUGGUAGGAGGGUUCUAUGUACCAGAGAAAACAACUCUAAUGGUUAAUGCUUAUGCUCUGAUGAGAGAUCCAAAUUACUGGGAAAAUCCUGAUGAGUUUCAGCCAGAGAGAUUUCUAGAUACAUGGAAAGAUGAGAGCAAAGAGCAAGCACUUAAGUACAUUCCUUUUGGAAGUGGAAGAAGAGGUUGUCCUGGAGAAAAUGUAUCUCAUAUUUUUAUGGGAACUGCAAUAGGAGUGAUGGUGCAGGGAUUUGAAUGGAGAUUCAAAGAAGAGGAAGUUAACAUGGAAGAGGCUAUUGUAGGACUGUCCUUGACUAUGGCUCAUCCUCUUAAGCUCACUCCUAUUGCUCGAAACCCAAACUCUCUAAUUCUCAAUCUCAAGAAUCGCGGUUAAUGACUUUUUUUAGCAACACUAAAAAAAGAGAAGCAUGUCGCGGUUUAUUUAAAGAAUAAAAAAUAACAUUUCUAUAAUAUUUAUACAUUAAGUGUUUAUCCCGCACAUGCGGGUAUAAUCAGUUAACUAUCAUUGGUAAGUUAUUGUUUAUACUCUCAGAAAUUUUAAUAUGUCUUUUUUUUCAUUAACAUUUUUUGGAAAUUUGCACAUGUUAUAAAUAUUUUUUUAAAAUAUUUAUAUACUAUAUUUAUUAUUAAUAAAUAAAUCUUAUAAAUAAAAUUUUCAAAUAACUGAAUAUUUAUUUUUCUAUUAUACAACAUUCAAUUUUUAUUUAAUUAAUAUUUAAUUUUGUAUUUUCCUGUUUCUUAAUUUUUUUAAAUUUUUAUAAUUGAAACAUAUUUCGGAUAAUAACACAUUUUAUGAUUUAUUUUUAUUUUAAAAUAUAUUUUUUUAAUGUUUUUAGCCAAUGUAUAUAUAUAUAUAUAUUAAUUUAUGAUAAAUUAUCUUAAUUUAAUAAAUAAAUUAUAUAUAUAUAUUAAUAUAUAUAUAUAUAUAUAUAUAUAUAUAUAUAUAUAUAUUAAUUUAUGAUAAAUUAUCUUAAUUUAAUAAAUAAAUUAUAUAUUUAUAUAUUAAUAAUAUAUAUUUAAAGGUGGAGUGUUCAACUUGGCAUACUUCCAAACUCCGAUCUAUACUAUUAAAAAACUCACUUUCAGAAAAAUACUGAAUCUAACAUCCAAUUAACUGAAUCGUACAAUAGUAAAAUCCCGAAACCAAGUUACUACUAACAAACAAAUCUGUGUAGAAAGUGGAUAAACUAAUUUGCUGCAUGACUUCUAAACCCAAGAAAAAAAUGCGGAUGCACAAUCUUUAUGUUUUUGUGUAAAGAUACAGAAUAAAAAAAUGUUGGACUCUUUAACUUCAACAAAAGUUUGAGAGACACACAAAUUUAAUAUGGCCGGAAUUAUUUCUAAACUCUCAAUCAUUAAAGUUGUUAUGAUUUUAAGGCAUAUAAUAAGAAACUUUGUCAUUCCCAAUAUAAUGAUAACUAAGUGAUUUUCCCGUGCUCAUGCACGGAUAUAAAUAUUUAUACAAUAAAUAUACUAUAAUAAUUGAUUGAUAUUUACUUUUAAUUUUAAAUUAAUUUAUAAUUUAUAUGUAGAAUUUAUAUUAAUAAUAAUAUAUUACUAUAAUUAGACAUGAUUUUUGAUAUGUUAUGUCUAGUCGGUUUUAUUUUUUUUACAGUCGAUUUAGUUAUCAUUUGUGCAUAUUACAAAUUAAGUCAAAUCAAAUUAGUUUUAUUGAUCUCUUGAAUGUGCAUGUAUUUCCAUAUUAUUUAUCAAAUUAUAUGUUGAUAUUUAAAAAUAUUAGAAAAUAAAGCGAAUAUCAACAGGAAAUUACAUAAAUAACUGAUAAAUUUUUGAAAGAUCAUGAACACAUAGCAAUAUUUAUAAUAAUUAAAAUAUUUGAUAAAUUCUAAAUAUUUUUUUGCCUUAGAUUUAUUGAAUGACAACAUGAAAUUUAUUUUAAAUAAACUUAAAAUGAAAAUUAAGGUUUGCUUGGAUAUUUUGAUUACGGUUAUAUUAAGUUCUACCAACAUAAAAACAUAAAAUAAAAGACCAAUCUAAAUAUUAAGAAAACAAAUAAUUUUUUUUGUAUUGUUUAAAAUUAUGUUUUAAAA